AACGAGGGAGGAACAGUAGAUGUAUUUGGAGCGACUCUUAUCCGCAAACUACAUAGAAGACAUGAGCAGGCUUAGUGUAUGGGGCGGCCCAUCGGCGAGCGUAUUUCCUAUUGGCAAUGAAAAGGUGUUCAGCUCCAUUUCGCAUUCGAGAAGACAAGUGCAUUUGAGAAGAAGGAAGACGAUAAGGAGCUGCGCAGCAGAUUUCAAGGUGCUCACUUCUGUUACGAGUAAUUAUAAUAACAUUGUAAUCCUCGAUACUCCACAAUCACGGGUCCUGCUUCUCGAUUCUUCCAAUAAUGUGCAUAGCAUCCUUCACAAGGAAACCAAAUGGACGGGUGCAUAUUGGGAUGAGUUUGCUGGCUUGCCGGCUAUUGUACCAAAGGGCCCUCUCGCAAUCUUUGGCUUGGGGGGUGCGACUGCUGCACAUUUGAUGCUUGAACUGUGGCCUUCUUUGCUGCUUGUUGGAUGGGAGAUAGAUGAAAUUUUGAUUGCAAAAGCAAGAGAAUAUCUUGGGCUCUCUGAUCUGGAGAAGCAUACUCAAGGGGGAGGUGUGUUGGAAGUUCACAUCGGAGAUGUAUUUUCUUCAUCUGUUACUAUUCCUGGAGGUUAUGCAGGUAUAAUAGUUGAUUUGUUUUCUGAUGGAAAGGUUUUACCACAACUGGAAGAGGUUACAACUUGGUUGGAGAUGAAUAAGAUGUUGAUGCCCAAUGGUCGGAUCAUGGUGAAUUGUGGCGCUGCUACCAAAGAAUUGUCUGAUAAUUCUGAAAUGAUGCAACUGGAUAUUUCCAAAAGGGAUGACCCUUUGGAACUAAAUGCAACUAUUAAUGCAUUAUGCAAGGCAUUUCCUGAGCAAGUAAGCUGGAAAAAGCUGCCAAAGAGCGCAGGAGAAAAUUAUCUUGCACUGACAGGAGCAUUACCAGAUUUGGAUAUUUGGUCUGCUCAUCUCCCAGAUCAAUUAAGCUCAAGUGUCAAGGAAUGGAGAAGUUGCACGCCUUCACCUUCGUGAAUGUGACAUUGGGACUUGGUUAAGGUGUAAAUUUCCACAUGCCAAACCAUGCAGAAAAGGUAAUUUGUGCCAAUAGAAAAGGUCCUUUGUAGACCCCUAUGUCUUCAUGUUAAGGAGUUCUUCCUUCCUAGGUGUUAACUUUCGUGUAAGUGAUAGAUUUAUAAGAAGGAAAACAGGGGAUGCAGCCUUUAUAGAUUGACCCACAGGCAACCAUCAGGCACGACCAUCUGACAGUAGCCUGUUUCUAUAAUUUGCAGUAAUUUCCAAUCUCUUCAGCUCUCCCUGUUGCAUAUUAAACGUGAUGAAUAUCACUGAGAGUCUGAACUAUGCUUAAGUUAGGAUACUACUUGGAGUUUUUACUACGUCCUCAACAAUUGUGGAAAAGCGUGAUGAUUUAUUACAAACCGGCAUGCUGUAUUAUAUCCAAUUUCAGGUUAGAUAAUUUAUUUAUUUAUUUCAGCAAUGAAGAUGAUAUAUGUAUGCUGAAAUGUAGUUGUUGUAGCAUGUGAUUAGCUCAUUUAAAAGUUUAAGUAAUUAGAAAA